AUGCAUUCAAAACAACGAAGUGUUGCCCAAUUAUUCUAUCGAAGCUUAUACAACAAUACUCACGGCCUCUUAAAACAAAGAAUGAGAGAGCUAGUACCAGUCAAGCAAGCUCUACUCCGUGAUGUAAGAAAGCGAUAUGGAUCUAAAGAAGUCUGCAAGGUGACUGUUGAUCAGGCCAUCGGAGGAAUGAGGAACGUGUUUGGUCUCUUUUAUGAUGCAUCCCUAUUAGAUGCUAAGACAGGUAUCACAAUGAGAGACUACAACAUCCCCGAAUUACAAGAGUACCUAUAAAAGGGUGAAAAUGGCCAUGAACCUUUACCAGAGGCUUUGUUCUGGUUGCUAUGCACAGGUGAUUUCCCUUCUGAGCAAGAAUUUGCUGAUGUGUAAUAGGAAUGGAAACAGAGAGGAGAAUUGGAUUCUCAAACACAACACUUCAUCUUGAGUUUACCAAAAACAGCUCAUCCCAUGACUAUGUUGUCUCAAACUUUACUGUAUCUAUAAAAAGAUUCCCUUUUCUAACAAGUUUAUGAUUAAGGAAAAGUCUCAAAACCUCAAUAUUGGGAGUACUUCUACGAGGACGCAAUGAACUUAUUAGCCAAGAUCCCAAGAGUGGCUGCUCUCAUUUACAGACAUAAAUAUAAGAAUGGAGAAAUCAUCUCAGCUGAUGAGAACUUGGAUUGGGCUGGUAAUUAUGCCCACAUGCUUGGUUACAAUAAAUUCGAAGUUCGAGAAUGCUUGAGAGGGUAUUUAAGCAUCCAUGCUGAUCAUGAAGGAGGUAAUGUGAGUGCCCAUACAACACAUUUGGUUGGUUCAGCAUUGGCAGACCCAUAUUUGUCAUAUUCUGCUGGUGUCAAUGGUUUGGCAGGUCCAUUGCAUGGUCUCGCCAAUUAGGAAGUGCUUAAAUGGUUAUUAGAAAUGAGAGAUGAAUUGGGUGAGAACAUCUCAAACGAGAAAAUUCCAAGAUUAUAGGGCAAAGUAAUUCCAGGUUAUGGACAUGCUGUUUUAAGAUAUACUGAUCCACGUUUCAUCCAUCAAAAAGAUUUUGCAGCCAGACACAUCAAAAAUGAUCCCUUAGUUGAUUUGGUUAGACAAUGUUAUCACGUGAUCCCACCUGUUUUGAAAACCAUUGGAAAGAUCUAGAAUCCAUGGCCAAAUGUUGAUGCACACUCUGGGGUCUUACUAUAUCAUUAUGGAAUGAGAGAGUUCCAAUACUACACUGUUGUAUUUGCUGUGUCAAGAGCAUUAGGAUGCAUGGCCAAUCUCAUUUGGUCAAGAGCAUUUGGAUUACCAAUUGAAAGACCAGGAUCCAUUACUCUGAGAUGGAUUGAAGAGAAAUUUGGUGAAAACUAAAAUUUAAAAUGA